AGAAAAGGAAAUAAAAUAUAGAAAUGAAAUAUUUCCAUUAAUUUUUUAUAGUUUUCAUUUUUUUUUAAGUAGUGCUGCUGUAAUUAGAACUACUUUAGUAGGGAUAUCAAAACCUUAACAUCACAAUGUGUUUUAUUACAGCUACUUGAUUAGUGACAAUAUCUGUCUUUACUAUACGUAAUGACUUUAAAUGUAAUGACAAUAUGAAGUAAAUAUUUCAUACAGUGAGCCAAAUGUUUUUUUAUAAGAUCAUUAUCCUGAACUAGUUUUCACAGAAGUCUAAAAAAUCAGCAUUGCCAUAUAAAAGUUAUAGAAGUAUACUAAUAUAAACGUAUAUAUUAUGCCUCCUAAACACAAGGAAAUGGCUAAGAAAGCCAUUCUUCAAGUUAAUCGACCAGCAAUUAGUGAUUCGACUCUUUUAUAUGUUCCUAGUAAUGCAAUAGAAGGUUACCAAGAGCGUAUUGAAACAGGAAUAGAUUGGACUCUCGUUGAAUUAGCAGCACGUCAUCAUAGACAGUUGUGUCUUAGAGGAAAUAUUACCAAAGUUACAUUUACUGAAGCGCUGCAAAAUAAAAUAAAUAAAAGUAUACUUAAAGCAUUUUUAAACGAGCAGUCUAAUCUUAGUCUCGAGGAACAAUGGGAACUUUUGUUACCUAUUACUUUAUGGGAUAACGAGAAAUUUGCGAAUGAAGAGAGUAAAAUUUGUUUUCGUAGCUAUAACAACAUAACAGAUGAUAUGGUGAAAUUAAUCAAAAGAGCCGUACAACUUGGUGAUAGAAAAGUUUUAAGACAAGAGUUAAAAUUAGUUCCGGUAUUGCGACUAAAUGACGCCCAGCUGACGGAAUUAGACAGUGGUUUAUUAGAAUUUCAAAAACUUGUUACUCUAAAUUUAUGUGGAAAUUUCCUUAAUGAUUUCGACUCGAGCUGUAUUCCACGUGGAGUAAAAAUUUUAGAACUACAAGCGAAUUGUAUUAGGAACAUUAAAACAUUUUCAGAAUACCUGCCUUCCAAUUUAUCAUACCUAGGCCUAGCAAGAAAUUUACUAAACGAUGAUAAUAUCGAAAGUCUUUUAAGUAUACCAAACAUCACUGUACUAGAUUUAUCUGAUAAUGACAUCUACAAUCUUGAAGAAAUAUUAAAUAUACUAGUAAGGUUGCCAAAUCUCUCUGCUCUAUUUCUUGCUGGAAAUCCAUGCUCGGUCUGUUCUGGAUACGCUCGUACAACAUUAACAAGACUGCCUCGUUUGAAAUGGCUAGAUUCUCGAGAAAUUCUCUUGACCAAUAGACCUAUAGAUCCUUUUGAGCCACAUCCUAAUGAUUUACGUUCAACAUAUUUUAACUUCACCAUUUUCCGAAUUAUGUCUGCUCCUCAACCACCAAAACCAGAAAAGGGAGCAAUAACGACGUUUCACGUGGAGUUAGAAUUACCGCUACUGGACACAACACGAAGAAAUUUUCUUAUGUUUCGACAAAAUGAGUCUCUUAUAGAGAGAUUACCACUACCAGAAGAUGAAGAGUGGCCUGUUUCCAAUACUACAUCAAAGGUCAUUGACAGCAAAAUAGCCAUUGACUCUGAAGCAUCGGCUCAUGAUUCAGAUAUAUAUAAAUGUUUAACAACUAAAAAUUCUCGAGAAAUUUAUCAUUUUACAACAUUUGAGAGCAACAGAAUUCAGUGGAAUAAAGUAAUGAACUUUCAAGAGCCAGCAGUCAGAAUAUUCUGUCCAGAUCUCUUUGCCUUGAGAAAUACAUUUCGAACAGUCGUGACAAUCAGAUUAAUUUAUUCUAUGACCAUGACAAGUAAGCAAAAUAAACCAGAAAAGAAAAGCGCUCAUUCUCUAAAACAAGCAGUAGAACAGAGAGUAACUUUGGCUACAAUUAAAUGUUCCCUUAGACGUCCAGAUUGGAGCCAAAAUUCUCAACACUUUCAUUGGGAUAAUUCUCUUGGCACCAACGAGGCUAUACACUGGGGAGAAGGAGAUCUUUCAGUCCUGCAAUAUUCUCAAGCACCAGUCAAGAUAACUAAAGGCAAAACUGAAACAGAUGUUGGAUCAUUAAAACAACAAAUUCCUGAAAAUUUGACUUGUCAUUUUGGUUUUGGAAUCGACACUUUACGUAUUUAGAAAUUAAAAUAUUGAAUAUAAUAUAUUUUUAAAGAU